AUGAGUACCGAAGCAGCAGCGCAAGCAGCGCAAGCGGCGGCGACAUCGCCUCAACAGCAGCCUCCAGACGCGUCCUUGCAGCAGAACGCGCAGACGCCUGCCUCGCUCUCUGGCGGCGCAUGCGACUCUCUCGUCUGUCAGUGGCAGAAUUGUGGCGAGCGUCUGCCCUCCGCUGAGCAGCUCUACGAUCACGUUUGCGAGCGCCAUGUCGGUCGCAAGAGCACUAACAACCUGAACUUGACUUGCCAGUGGGGCAACUGUCGCACGACCACCGUGAAGCGUGAUCACAUCACCUCUCACAUCCGUGUCCACGUCCCACUGAAGCCGCACAAGUGCGAUUUCUGCGGUAAAGCGUUCAAGCGUCCUCAAGAUCUCAAAAAGCACGUGAAGACUCACGCCGAUGAUUCUGUGUUGCUGCGCUCUCCCGAGCCCAACCGCGGUGGCCCACACGGUGCGCCAGGAUAUCCCGGACAGGGUGGAAAACACUUGGUCGCUGACUUGCAGGCGCUUGCCGCUACAGCGAGUGGAUAUCAGUAUCCUGAUGGUGCGCUCGGUCCCAACGGAGGCUAUGCUCAGCAGCACCCUGGAGGCGCCCCGGCCGGCUUUUACGGAGGCCCACCGCAGAACUCUGCAUACGGACCUGUUUACUAUGCUGUCAAUCAACAACAGCAGCUGACCAACGACUAUGAAAUCCGAAAGCGUGCGGCAUACGAUGCUUUGAACGAGUUCUUUGGAGAUGCCAAACGCCGUUCCAUUGAUCCAUCUACUUACUAUGACGUCGGCCAGCGACUCAUGGGUCUCCAGGGAGUUCAACUUCCUGUUCUUGGUGGUGCCGGCUAUCACGGCGGCAUGUCUGAGUACGGACACAGUGGCACGAUGGUCGCACAAGCAUCGCACCCGCCUAUGCACCCAUACUCACUGCCGCUCCCCAACCUCAGGACCAAGAGUGACCUGUUGAACAUUGACCAGUUCCUGGAACAGCUGCAAAGCACUGUCUACGAGAAUCCCAACCAUGCCGCAGCUGCUGGUGUCCACCAAGCGGGUGCUCAUUAUGUACACAGUGGCCACGCGGGUUACCGCUCUAGCCAUUCGCCUCCUGGCCUCUCAUCCAGCCACUCGCCGUCGUCUCAUGCAACUGCAGUCGGAUCGGCCGGAGUUGAGACUCCCGCUUUGACCCCAGCGUCGAGCGUGCUGUCUUACGGCUCCCAACACUCUCCUGGGGCCGGGCACUCUGGAAGCAACCAUUCACCCCCGUCCAGGGCUCCAGUUGGCAGCAUGUAUCCCACCCUUCCUUCUGUCAGCGCAAUGUCUGACAUGUCGGCUGGCGCUCCCUCGUCUGGUCUUGCACCUGCAUUUGAUGCCGACGGCCGUCGACGAUUCUCUGGAAAUCUCCUGCAAAAAGCUGCGCCGGACCGGGAAGAAGCCGAGCGCAUGGAUAUCUCGGAUGACGGCACCUCGAAUAAGAAUGCUCGCCGAGGUUCUGAUCAGGACAGCUUGCACCGCGAGGUUCACCAGUUGGCAAUUCAUUCGCCCAACGUCGAUCCAGCGCUACGAUCACCCAGCGUCGACUCCCCUACACCUACAGAGACGGGUGAUUCGUCGCAGCAAUUAUGGGUUGAGAACAUUCGGGCGAUUGAGCGGCUCAGGGCGUACCUCAAGGACAGGCUCGACGCUCACGACUACACCGACGAUGAGAAUACCGAGGUCACAGAGGAGCGUCAGACGAGCGACGAUGAUGCGCACAACUUGUACCCAGUUCUUCGAGCUGUUCGGGAAGGCCGAGAGUAG